CUUGACUCCUGCAACGUCAUAUUCAGGUUAGGCCAUCCGUGUAGCUUGUACAAUCUCCUCUGCUGCGCGGGUACUCACUUAGACUACAGUGUUGGGUGUCACACGCAUGGAUUGACUUGGUGUGUGUGUACAAUCUCGGGAACUCGUGUUUUUCUCGGUAUUUGAGUGUCGGUCGAAAGUAAAUAGGCAAAAUUGUUGUGUUGUGUGCGGAAAUUUGGAUGGUUAAAAGAGACAGCAGCGAUGACCGAUGACAGAUAGCGCUGCGUCGCACCUACGAAGAUGGUUCGAAGCCGCACCCCUUCGCAAGGGGGCGGAUCCCAAGGAUUCGAAAUGGAACGAAAGUACUCGGUACCUUCAAAUCCCGAUUCGAGGGCGUUUUCUGGCACCACAUCGGAAGAUUUGCACGCCUGGUCCAUCUAUAGGCAAAAUUUGAACUCUGACUUCACCGAUAGCGCCUUGGGAUCCACCGACAAGAGUCCUUUACCCUACGGCAACUUUCAGCUGAGGGAUACCACAGUGCAAUCGAUCUUGUCUCAUCCCAGAUACGGUCCCAAGUCCGCCUUGGGUUCUAACAUGUACACCUACCUAAAGUUCGGCUUGCCCAGGGUGUUUCCUCCGAACCACAACGGUUCCACCAGAUCUGGUCGGGGGACUCCUCAGCACUUCGCGAGGAACUCGUCGAGCAGACCUCAAACGCGCAGUCAAAAAUUGAUGAGCAGGGGUCCACGCGAGGGAUCAUCAGGUUACGACAGCAGCGACAAUGAAACCACCAAUCAAUACAAACAAAACCGGAAGUAUCGUUCGGAUCCCGACUUCCGGAUGCAGAGCGCUCAUCCUUCGUACCAUCACGGGCAGCUACAGGAACCUCCUCACGCUCAUCUACCGCUGGCGGCGAUGCACCAAGGGGGCAUCAGACCCACACCCACCCAAUGGAACCGAAACAAGAGUAUAUCGGAGGCUAACCUUCUGGCCGCCGAAUACAACAGACCUUACCAUCCGGCGGGAAUACCACCUCAUCUGAGGGACCCUCGAAGAAACAGCGUGGCAGAGUUCGGACACCACGUGGCCCAACACGACGUCGUAGAUCACAGUGUGAUCAGCCGUAUUAGCAGGCCGGUGUCGAAAGCGGAGAGCCAGUUAUCGAUGCCAGUGUCCAGAAAAGCGCCCUCUGUAAUUAGGAAUGACUACCUGGGGGCGGAAGAGGACGUUACGCCGAGUUUUAUGUACCCCCACUUGCAGGUCAAUGGCGCGAGCAUGUGGCCUUCAUCGUCGACGCCGUCGUGCCUCAAAUCGCGACACCACCUCCUCCUCAGCGAGAUCUCGUUCGAAGCACGCGGUGGUGACGUCUUGGCAGUGAUGUCAACGUCCGAAGAGGAGGGCACGGCCAUUUUGGACCUCGUGGCUGGUAGGAAACGACUUACUCAAGGUGACGUCUUGCUCAACGGUCAGAGGCUCAGAUGCGACGCGUUGAGGUCGAGGGUGGCCUACGCUCAGAGCAACCCCCAUUUGUGCAAAGACAUGACAGCAGUGCAGAUGAUGAGAUUUCACUACGAUCUCAAGAGACCGACAGGAAAGUUAGGCUAUUUGAAAAUAAAUUCGGCAGACCGGAUAAACCUACUGAUAGAAGAAUUGGGGUUGGAACAAGUGCGCGACACUAGGAUAUCGGUGAUGACGGCGUCGGAACGGCGACGGCUCAACGUCGCUUGUCACUUGCUGCUCGACACCGAUAUCAUAGUUCUGGAUCAGCCCACCAGAGGCAUGGACAUCUUCGACACCUUCUUUCUGGUCGAAUACUUACGUCAGUGGGCCAACGGAGGAGCGGGAGGUAGUUCCCUGGGCAGAAUUGUGAUCCUCACACUGCAUCCGCCCACUUACGAAAUAUUCACCAUGCUGUCGCGCAUCCUCCUGGUGUCGGCGGGGCGAACCAUGUUUAGCGGACGAAGGCGGGACAUGUUGCCAUAUUUCUCCAUAGUCGACUACCCGUGUCCAAAUUACAAGAAUCCCUCCGAUUACUACCUGGACUUGGUUACACUGGACGACCUGUCAGCUGAAGCUAUGCUAGAGUCGUCGCAGCGGAUCGAACAGCUCGCUGAAAUUUUUCGACACAAACAACCCCCCAUGAGCGACCCAGGCCCGCCCUCGCCGCUGCCCAUGACCGUUAAAAGCACCAACUGCGUGUACCAGUCGUUUGUAUUGUUCACGAAAGCCAUGAUUUACACUCAACCCAACACGUUCAUCAGCUGGCUGACAUUGAUAAUCAUGUCGGCGAGCCUGUCCCUCGUCUUGGGUGCAAUAUUCUGGGACGUGCCCAACUCAGAUCCCCAGCUGAAUUUAAACGAUAGAUUAGGUUAUCACUACAGCGUCAUGUGCGUGGCCCCGUGGCCUAUUCUACUCUACCUCACCCUGCACGAAGUCAAAAAGAACAGGAAGACCGUCGAGAGGGACAUCAGCGACGGCCUCUACGGUAGAUUCACUUAUAUUUUUACAAAGACUGUUAUAAACGUAUUCCCUUCGUUAUUUAUAUGGUUGAUCUACAUUAUACCGAGCUACUCGAUGUGCGGGCUGUACAUGCAAAGCUUGAACAAUUACGACGGGUUCUACAUCUACAUAGGUGUCAUGCUCCUAUAUCUGAGCUGCUUGCAGAUAAUCCUCCUCUAUUCCAUUUACCUGCUCCCAUUCUCAGACACGGCCGCCAUAGUGGCUUCGGUGGUGGUGUCCGCGUUUUUCCUAGUCGCCGGCUACGCGCUGCACUUUAGAGACCAGCCCUAUUACGUUUCAUGGCUGAGGCAUAUAAGCCCCACGUCCUGGCUGAUGCCCUACGUGCUCAACAGGGAACUGAGCACCGAAGCGAUCGAGAGCAGUUCAAUUGCGCCAGUGUGUCGAAACAAACAGAUUCAGCAUCAAGAUAUAAUCGUUCAGCUACCGUGUCCGCCACCAAACGGCACCCAAGUACUGUUCAAUUAUGGAUAUUUGUCGUCCCAGAAUCAAGUGUUCGACUACGGUAACGUCCCGAUAGCCAUGUUGGUGUUUUACGUCGUAGUAUUCGCGGUUACCUGUUUGGCAUUCGUGACCAACAUUCGCAGAGACACUAAGCGCUCAAGCGAUACCAACAAAAAUUAAGUUAUUCGGUAUUUUUAGAGAUUUUUGGAGGUUGUUAAUAGGUUGGGAUAGAAGCAAUACGAAAGACCCGUUAGGUAGGUAAAUCUACUGGAUGGAUGUUGUUGACAUUUUGAAAAUUAAUCAGAUCGGGAUAGAAGCAAUAAAAAGACCAUUUGAUGGAUGUUGACAUUCCGCUUAUUAAAUACUUAGAUUGACUUAGAAGCAAUAAAAAGACCCCUAAAUGGAUGCCGAUGUUCUGAAAACUAAAUAGGUUGGGAUAGAAGCAAUGGAAAAGGCCCCCCACUAAUGAAUGAAUGACCAUACACCAUAAAACGUCUGCUCUCCAUGGAUAAAAGAUAGACGAGUAAUCAAAUCAAUGAAUUACAACUCUACUAAAUAAGAAUAGAAAGGUGCUUCGAGACCUGAAAACCCUGCAAUAACAUUUAUUUCAUUAAUUUUUUGAUAAAUAAAUUUUUGUUGCGAAAGAAAAGAAAAUAUCUACAUAAUAAUAGUCCAGUCCAAGCCCAAUUUUUAUCUUCUAUUUUUACUAUUGUUUGGUCGCUUACAUUUUGUGAUUCAGUUAGUGGGUUCUUCAAGCAAUUCAGGUCUAAUUUUUUCCAACUGUGAUAUUUUGCACAAUAAAACGUUAAUCUUAAAAAUGUCCAAGAUACUGUUUUAAUAGUUUCACCAAGAACAUAUCCCAAUUUUUAUUAUUGAAUGAACUAGCCAAUUAAAUACACUGCUCAACAGUGAAAGUCGCGGUAGCCGUUGAAUAUCUAAUUAAUAAGUUUGUGUGCCUCACAUUAUAUAAAACAAUAUGCAGAUUCCUAGACAUUUUAAGAAAAUAUUUUUAAAAUGAUACAAGGCAUCGUUGAGCAGUGUAUUGCACACAAAUUAGUUUAAGUUGAAUAAUUAAAUAAAUAUUUAAGGUGUACAAAACGUUGUAACGUAAUUUAUUUACUUAGACGAUGAGAGUAUUUUUAACCACCUUGUAUAUAUAACGUGUAAUAGCAAAAUACCGGUAUAUCUAUACAGUAAUCUGCGGAAUCAACAAAAACAUACUGUCUCUAACCUUCAAUCCGCAUCACACUAUUUAAAAUGUUAAUAUUAAAUACUUUUUGUACUCAACUU